GAAGCAGUCCAAUUCGAGCCAAAUUCGCCAGCAUGCAAGACAGUGCGCUUCAGGACAGAUUUGGUUAUCAUGCCUUUGAUCACUCUAACGAUGACCUUGGCACUGCUCGACAAGAUUGACCCUUUGGAUCCCCAGAACGGACUUGCCUAUGCUGCUCUGUACGGCAUGAAGGACGAAACGAACUUGCGGAACCAAGAAUAUAGCUGGCUCGGCAGCAUCUUCUAUUUCGGCUACCUUGUCAUGGAAAUACCCAAUAUGUGGUUUAUCUCCCGUCUUCCCCUGGGAAAGUAUAUGGGCGGGUGUCUCUUCGCCUGGGGAGGAUGCUUGGCCUGUAUGGCUGCUUGUCAUAAUUUUGCGGGCCUCGCUGCAAUCCGCUUCCUCCUGGGUGCCUUCGAGGCCAGUAUCCUCCCAUGCCUGAUCCUUGUUAAUUCAAAAUGGUAUCGCCGGGAGGAACAGCCAUUGCGCACUGCACUAUGGGCCAAUACAUUUGCAGGCGUCUUUGGCGGAAUCCUGAGUUAUGCGAUCGGCAGGAUUAACGGCUCGUUGUCUACAUGGAUGUACAUAUUCAUCAUCUACGGAAGCUUCACGGCUCUGAUGGGCUUUGUGGUCAUUGUUGCUCUGCCCGACUCACCUUCCGAUGCCUGGUUCCUCAGCCCUGAACUUCGAAAAGUCGCAACCCUUCGAUUGACAUCCAAUCAGACAAGCACAAUCAGGACGGAAAUUAAAUGGAAGCACAUUCAAGAGGCUGUGCUUGAUAUCAGAUAUUGGUGUCUAGCGAUAUUUUUGACCGCGCAGGCCAUCACAAAUGCCGGUAUCACCAACUUCAACCCUCUAGUCAUAGCCCAGUUCGGCUAUUCCACGUCGAAGACGGUUUUGAUGGCGACUCCACAAGCAGCCAUUGCCAUGGUAGCCCAGGCUUCAAUGACGGCUGUUACGCUUUUUGUGCCUAAUCUCCGAUGCUUUUUCUGGGUCCUGUCAAGCUGUAUAGCUUUAGCGGGUGCAGUAAUUGUCGGGACCGUUGACCCUGUCACCCAGCCCCAAGUUUCGCUUGCUGGUGUCUAUCUUAUGGGAUUCUACAAUGUCUCCUGGGUCAUGGUCUUGAGCCUUCAGUCCUCCAAUGUGGCAGGCAUGACGAAAAAGAGUUUCGUCUCCGUUUCUGUUGGAGUGUUUUAUGCACUCGGUAACAUCGUGGGACCUCAAUUCUUUCUGGAUAGCCAGGCCCCGAGAUAUUCUCUUGGCAUCGGGGCCAUGAGGUGCGCUUUUGCUGUGAUGGCGGCCACUGGGAUUAUAUACUAUUUACUUUGUGUUUUUGAGAACAAGCGCCGGGAUAAGCACGACUCGGUUGCUUCGGGGCUUAAUGAAGUGGGAGCCAGUCAGAUGGCGAUCCAGGAUGAUCGUACCGACCAAGAGAAUCGUCAUUUCCGUUACACAUACUGA